AUGAAACCCUCUGUGUACGGCCAACCGCUGUUCCCAUCCCAUCCUCACCUUGUAAAUGAGGGGGAGCUUACUCCGGGAAUUCCGAUGGAGGAAUACCAGCGCAGGCGGCGCACAUUGAUGGAUAGUCUUCCUCCGAAUAGUGCCGUCGUAUGCGUCGCUGCCCCAGUCAAAUACAUGAGCGGGCGUAACUACAAGUUUCGGCAAGCAUCCGACUUUAUGUAUCUCACAGGGUUCAUGGAGCCUUCUUCCGCCAUCGUUCUACGGUCCAACGCGUCCUCACGUCACGGGUACACCUAUACAUUCUUCCAUCCCUUGCAGACACCUACUCAGGCAUUAUGGGACGGUGCACGCACUAGCUCUGAGGAUGUGCAGACGACAUUCAGUGCGGACAACGUCCGUGCAGUUGAUGAGUUUCCAGGAGCUCUUAAAGACUUGCUGCGCGAUAUUAACACCGACUUUGUGUACAUCGACCUGCCACCUGGCCAGAACGGCGGGGCGAGGAGAGUUGUAACUGUUGACGACAUUUGUCAGCAUCUCUCCUCAUCCGGCAACUCGGACUCGCUCCUGGACGCUCUCAACAGCAGUAGUGCUGGAGCAAAACGUCGACCUCUCGCACCAGAAGUUGGACGGCUAAGAUCUAUUAAAAGCGACACGGAACAGAGAGUCAUGCGCCAUGCCGCAGACAUCAGUGGUCGGGCCCAUGCGAAGACAAUGCGUUUCACCCGCCCUGGUAUUUCUGAGCAUGUCCUUGCCGCUCACUUCGAGUACCUGUGUGCUCGAGAGGGCUCCCAGCGACCUGCAUAUGUCCCAGUUGUUGCCUCCGGGCCGAACGCGCUGACUAUACACUACACUGCGAAUGAUCAGGUCAUACGCGCGGAUGAACUCAUCCUAGUUGAUGCCGGAUGCGAAUACAAUGGAUAUGCCUCUGAUAUCACCCGUACGUGGCCCGCAACGGGCCGCUUCACCUCAGCACAGGCUGCUCUGUACUCUGCGAUUCUUUCUGCUCAGAAGGCGCUGGUGACAAUGUGUACCGCACGCUCUGGCCUUAGCCUCUCAGAUAUACAUAGAAGAUCAGUGGAGCUGCUCAGGAAGGAGUUAAUCAGCAUAGGCUUUCAGGGACUCAGCGAGGGGCGGAUGUCAGAGCUUUAUCCGCACUUCAUAGGGCACCCUGUAGGGAUAGGUGAGUGUGCUAACGCAGCUGUCAUCAAUGUGUCCAUUGAUAGCGUUACAGAUUUGCAUGAAUCAACUCAUUUUGAACGCAACUCACCGUUGAAGCCUGGAAUGGUCAUCACUAUUGAACCAGGCAUAUACGUACCGCCUCUCCCGCACUAUCCGAAACACUUCCACAAUAUUGGUAUUCGUAUCGAGGAUGAGGCCCUAGUGGGAGAGGACUAUCCCGACGUCUUGAGUGUCAACGCACCCAAGGAGAUUGCUGAUGUGGAAGGCGCAUGCCAAGGGCUUCUAGGCUUGGAGCCAUUCUGA